CUCACUCCUGUGGACAGACUAAUCAUCAGUGAGAACGGCUCACACUCACAGAAGCAAGACAGUGCCGACGCAGGGAACUGGAAAAGCUUAAAAACUCAGAACUGAGAAGCAUCUGUAGAAUUAAAGUCCGCAGCUAAAGCUCUCAGGUUCUUGUUUUGUAUUUUUGGACAAUUUUUUCCAUUUCUCCUGCUCCAGCCAAGAUGGAUUCUGAUGCUGGCUCCACCUGCAGCCGCUCCUCAUCCCCUGACCUGGUGGUGGAUGACUCAGCUGGGAGCUUCUUCUCCAACAAGAUGUUCCAGACGUACUGCCAAGACGGCAGAGCAGACAACGAGGCCAGCCAGGGGAGGAUGGAGCGCUGCGGUGGCGGCGGUAAGAUCAGGUCUGAGGUCAACAAGGAGGUGGUGCAGGACCUGAGGCUGAAAGUCAACAGCCGGGAGAGGAAGAGGAUGCACGAUCUCAACCAGGCGAUGGACGGCCUGAGAGAGGUCAUGCCCUACGCCCACGGCCCCUCAGUGCGCAAGCUGUCGAAAAUCUCCACCUUGCUCCUGGCCCGCAACUACAUCCUCAUGCUGUCGAGCUCUUUGGAGGAGAUGAAGAAGCUGGUGGGGGAUGUUUAUGGAGGCAGUGCUGCUGUCCAGAGCCGCUCCGCAGGCCACCCCGCCAUUACCCCUUCAGCUCCCACAGCCCACCACCCUCUCCAUCCUCUGGCACAUUCCCUGCACUCCCUGGUGGGUGGCACUCCAUCCACGCUCCAGCACCAUCACUCGUCUUCUCCGUCUUCGGCCCCAGCCCCACACUCCACCCACACUGCCAGCUUCCUGGGCUUUCAUGCUCCAGUCCAGGGCCUGCUGAAGGACCCCCUGCACCUGACCAGCUCCUACAGGCACUUCCCCGGCAUGCCCUGCCCCUGCUCCCUCUGCCAGCCUCUGCCCACAACUACCUCCACAUUGCACAGCCUGUCUAUGAACAAGUGAGGGGGGGCUCUCUCAAAACUGACCUGUGAUGUUUGGAUCAACACCAAACAACUCACAGAAGAUUGUUUAAAAGAACUGAUAAAAUAAUGGCUGGUGCCACAACUUGUACAUAAUGUAUAUAUAUACCUUCAUACCAUGUAAACUGCUGCUAUUUUUUACCAUGUAUCUCUUCAGUAUUGUUUAUACAGAAAUAUUCUAAAUGCACAAUGGAUUUUAUCAGAGGAGCAAAGACUGUAAUUUAUCUGAUAUGUGGGGAUGUGAAAGAAAAUGUCAGAAGUGAACUGGUGUGUCCUAUGGUGCAGGAUUUCUAUUUUCCUAAAUUAAAUUC